AUGGACGAAACAGACUGGGAACCGACUAACGUUUCCACAACGAUGCCGACAAUGUCGAAAGAGUCAUUCGAUGCGAAGGUCCGACAGCGCCUACACCGAGAGACCAGGUCUGGAGAUAAGACCAGCUUCAAGGCACCUCGACAGGCCAUCUCGACGCCAGAUCGCGCUCAGUCAACGACAGUGACCCCGGCGGAAGCAGCGUUGAGAGCGAGGGUCCUGGAGUAUCAACGCCACCUCUGGAAGAUCAAGUGUGGAGACAAGCCAAGCGACGAGGUACCACUGCUCACUAUCGAAGAGGUGGUGGAUAGUAUGGACCACGAAUUCCUCCUGGGUCUAUUCACAGAGUUCUUCAAGUGCGAUCCUGAAUGGAGCGUAGGCAAUUCGAGGCAGGAGAUGUCGGACUGGGCUGAGGGGUUGGAUGAUAUACCGGAAGCCUUCGCUCGGUGGGCGCGUCGGUUUCUCAAGGAUGGUGCGAUCGACUACACUGCUGGUACGGAACGGCAGUCUGAAGACAUCAUCAUGUGCCAGAUCUGUCGGAAGUGUCUCGAUGGAAACCCCCAAGGCAAAGAUCGCCAAUCGACCGCAGCUGGGACAAAUACUUUGAAACGUCUGCUCCUACGAUGUGGACGCCGGUUUAGAGGUCUCUUCUCGUCGGUGAGAAACUUCGCCAAGCAGGAUACAGCAGCCGGCCAACAGUCCUCCGAGCUUGAGGAGAAGGGCGAGUAG